CGCCGCCGCCGCCGCCUCCUCCUGCUGCCGCGAUCCGGGCUCCCUCCCGGGAGAUGUCCUGCUAAGCGGCCGCGCCGACGAUGAGCUCCUCGUCGGUGCGCAAGAGCGAGUCCAAGACUUCCUUGCGGCGGGCUGCGGCGGGCGGCAGCAGCAGGCGGAGAGCGGCCGGCGAACCUCCCCGCAGCCAUGGGCGGGACAGGGGAGCCGAGCCGCCCGCGCCGCCGGGGGAGCCCUCCUGCCACGCCGCCGCCGAGCCCAGCGCCAGGAGGCCCCUCUGCCGCCCGGGCGCCGCGGCCAACGGCAGCCGGAGGGCGGCCACCACCACCACCUCCUCCUCCUCCUCCGCCUCCUCGAUGGAGCCCGAGCCGGGCGCUCUGCGGCGAGGCGGCAGCGGCAAGGCGCCCGCCCGCUCCGCCCGCCACGACCUGCCGCCGCAGCGCAGGGAGAGGGACGGGCUGGCCCGGGAGGCGGAGCGGGGGCAGGACUUGAGCGGCGCGGCGGCGGCGGCGGCGCCCAGCAAAAGAGGCGGCGGCGGCAGCGGCAGCGGCAGCAGCAGCCGGGAGUCGCUCCAGCUGGACGACGGCGCUUCCCCGCAAGCUUCCGCCGGCGGCAGCCGCGCCAAGAGUUCCGCCAGCAAGCCCGGCAGCGGCAGCGGCGGCGGCGCGGAAGGCGCGGACCCGCUCUCCCUGCAGCUGCGCCCCAUCCUCAGCUCGGUCUUUGGGCAGAUCCGCCACGAGGAGAAGACAUGUUAUAAGGCGGUGCAGACGAGCGAGGAGGGGCCGUCGGCCUGCGAGUACCAGGGCCCGCUCAUGGUGCUGGCCCAGAACUGCGCGGUGAUGCACAACCUCCUGGGGCCAGCGUGCAUCUUCCUGCGGAAGGGCUUCGCCGAAAACAGGCAGCCAGACAGAGAGCUUCGUCCAGAAGAAAUAGAAGAACUGCGAGAAGCCUUCAAAGAGUUUGACAAGGACAGGGAUGGCUACAUCAACUGCCGGGACCUCGGCAACUGCAUGCGCACGAUGGGCUACAUGCCAACCGAGAUGGAGCUGAUUGAACUUUCCCAGCAGAUCAACAUGAACUUGGGUGGCCAUGUAGAUUUCGAUGACUUUGUGGAACUGAUGGGGCCAAAGCUGCUGGCAGAGACAGCCGACAUGAUUGGGGUCAAGGAGCUACGGGAUGCUUUCAGGGAGUUUGACACCAAUGGUGAUGGAGAGAUCAGCACCAAUGAACUGCGAGAAGCUAUGAAGAAGCUGCUUGGACAGCAAGUGGGACAUCGAGAUAUAGAGGACAUAAUCCGGGACGUGGACCUGAAUGGAGAUGGGCGAGUAGACUUUGAAGAGUUUGUCAGAAUGAUGUCACGCUGAAGAUGGUUCGGGCUGAAAAACCAAUCAGCACCUGAUUGAGGGUAGAAGAGGGCCUGAAUAGAGCAUCUAGCCCCGAUGUUCCUAUGCAAAGGUUGAUGCGCUACAAGGUUGACACCUGCCUCUCCGACCCAAAGUGGCCCUGAUGCUCCUUCACCCUUCCACACUGUGAAAGACUCGGAUCGGCCUGUAACUGGAAGCCCUCCGGGGGGAGAAGCUGGCCAAAGGGAAGCUCUGCUCCAGGACCAGCCACGGAGUGUCUGAAGUCAGAGAUUCUGCUUUUACUCUUCCACGGACCUCUGCAAAGCAAAGAGAAGGAAAGGUUCUCAGACUGGUGGCUGACAGCAUGGCCGUCCAGAAUUGGUGCUUACCAUAGACUCUGCUCUGCUCCUGUUCUUUCUCCCUUGGUGAACUGAAGUUGUAUUUGCUGCCUCCCCUGUGUGUCCAUCUGUAGAAUUAUUUCUGCCUCCCUGGAAUGUUUCUGUGUCUCCCCAUGGUUAUGUUAAUGAGAACUACUAUAAACGUUUGCAACCACACAAAAAAAUUGGAUAAAUAUAAAACUGAAAACUUUG